AUGGCAUCAGCGAAGAGAAAAAAAAGGCGUACGAUCGUAGUAGACGGCGCGCUUCUAAUUACAGAUCACAUUGACAAAAGGUACCUAACCACUGCGCUUUACCACCAGCUGUCAAUUUCUUCUCGAUUUCCAAGUUGCAAAUUUCGUGGAAAGAAAGGAACCACGCAAACUCGAAUUACCGAGACAAAAACAACUAUUGAACCUCGAAGGUUUCUUCGAAAACCUACCAAAGAGCCUCGAUCGCGUAGAAGAUCGAAGAUCGCUUCCUGGACAGGACUGCCCACUUUACGCCCGGGUAGCAGGUCAGCCAGAGCAAGAGAUAAUGGGAUCGAGCGUCCCCCGAAAAGAACAAGAUAG